AUGGCGAGUGACUCAAGUCAAUCCAGGGUCACGCCAUACUUGAUCUAUCUCGUAUUUGUCACGACCUUAGGCCCUCUGCAAUUUGGUUACCAUCUGGCCGAGCUCAAUGCCCCUCAGGCAGUCGUGACUUGUGAAAAGAAAUCCAUACGUCCAUCUUCCUCUUAUGGCCUACCGCAAUGUCUCCCCAUGACACCUUCAGAAUUUGGUCUGGUCUCCUCAAUCUAUACACUUGGGGGACUCGCUGGGGCUCUGCUGGCAGGACCCGUGUCAACGAAAUAUGGACGCCGCUUGGCGCUGCAAGCAACAACAGUCUUUUUCAUUCUAGGGCCUGUGGCUGAGACCCUAGCACCGGCCCUUCCGCUCCUGGCCCUCGGCAGGUUUCUCUCGGGAGUUGGAUCGGGCGCAGCUAUUGUAGUUGGUCCUAUCUAUGUCUCAGAGAUCUCGCCUCCAGAAUCACGUGGCUUGUUCGGUGCUUUUACACAAGUCAUGACCAACGUGGGCAUAUUGUUAACUCAGACACUGGGGUACUUCUGGAGUCGAGACAGCCUAUGGCGAAUUAUUCUUGCCGUGGCUGGCGUGAUUGGAGCAUUAGAGCUCCUAGGGCUGCUCAUGGUUCCUGAGAGCCCAGCAUGGCUUAUUGAGAAUCAUCAAAUGAGCCAGGCCCGCAAGGUAUUGCAGCGGAUCCGUGGCCGAGAUGCUGACAUCGGCCCGGAGAUCGAAGGCUUGAGAACCUCGGGCGCUGGUCCUGCAUCAGACGAAGAAGAAUCCCUGCUGGCUCCAACAGGCAAUCAGGCUCCCAAACAGUCCGUCACAUUUAUGCAGGCCAUUCGGGAUCCGUACUAUCGGCCCGCUAUCAUCGCGGUCGUGGGUGUGAUGAUUGCCCAGCAAUUUACCGGGGUCAACAGCAUAAUUAUGUAUAGCGUUUCCCUGCUGCAGAGUAUUUUACCAACUACUGCGGCACUACUUACCGUGGGCAUCUCGGCGAUUAAUCUUGUCAUUACACUGGCAUGUUCGCCUUUGCCCGAUCGUAUCGGUCGAAAGACCUGCUUACUGCUCAGUAUUGGGGGCAUGGGCUGCAGCUCCAUUCUUCUGGCCCUAGGGAUGCAAUUCGAUCAGAAGAUCGCAUCCGCAAUCGCGGCACUCAUGUUCGUGGCUUGUUUUGCUGUGGGACUUGGCCCCGUUCCUUUUAUUCUGGCGUCCGAGCUUGUGGGACCUGAGGCGGUUGGUACAGCGCAAAGCUGCGCACUGGCGGCCAACUGGACGGCGACCUUUAUCGUGGCCCAGUUCUUCCCCGUGCUCAACGACUCUCUCGGGGGGCAUGGAAAGGUCUACUGGAUUUUCGCAAUCAUGGCGGGGAUUCUAGGCUGCUUCAUCUACCGGUGGGUGCCGGAAACUAAGGGCAAGGCCAAUGCAGACGAGGUAUGGGGCCGCGUGGAUCGACGCCAGGACUAG